AUGAAAAAGGUGCUCCUUGCUCUCGCCUUCCUGGGACUGGCUUCGGCCUCCCCCAAUGAAGCAGCGUGGCCUGAAACCACCCAUGCCAGAGGCUUCCGCCUCGUCGUCAAUGUCACCCAUCCUUCCCGCGACUUCAACCCGCCAGUUCACAACACGUACAUUACCGGCGUCCACUACGGCGAGCGGACGGAUGCCGUCGUCCCCGGCCAGGACUUCAAGAACGCCCGCAUCUUCUUCGUCAAUGGGACCCAGGGAGAGGCCGACGCCGACGUGGCCACCACCAUCUGGGCCGACUGGGACGUGUACGAAAGCUGGAGGCUUAGUCCGGAGCCGGGGUCAGAGACGCUCUCCGAGGUGCUCAUGUCGGGGGCAGAUGGCGACAAGGGAAUCGGCAUCAGACACUACAAGAGCCCGUUCGUCUUCCUCACCCCAGAGACAUAUGUUGCUUGUCGCCAGGUGCUCCCGAUUGGGGGUGAACAGGUUGUCAUCAAGCAGGCCAAGACUACUUUCCCGCCAGACGGCUCGCCCAACUACAAUAUUCCGAGGGACUGUGCUCCUGUUCGUCUUCUUCCCGAGUGCGCUGAGCUGCUUCCUCUUUCUCCCCGUGCUCGGUUUGACUAUCGGUUUGCAGUCCAGUCUCAGUGCUAUAAGAACGUGACUGGUAUUGACUGGGCCAAGUACCAGUCAUGA